GCGCGCGGCGCAAGACGACCCCUGACUACACAAAUUCCAUAACGGAAGGAUGGAUGGAAGUGAAAAUCGCUGCCCCAAAGUUUUAAAUCGCAGAAACACCAUGGAAAAAAGAAUCCCAAUUUAUUUUAGUUCUGUCGUCCAAGACAAGAAAUUAUGCGUGCUUCAGUACCCCCUUCGAUCUUUCGAAAGGCCAUUUGCUGAGGGCGACAUCGAAGAAGUACGUUUCAAACCUAUCAGCAACAAGCUUGAGGUGGAGUUGCGUGCAAUGAGAGAUACGAACGAGGAUGACCAGGUUCAACCCCCCAGCGGCACAAGCGGCCCGUGCAUACUAGCUUCCACAGAAGCCCCUAUAAACGAUUACUAUUACGUUGCAGAAAUUAGGAGUGGUGCACUUUACCUCUCACCUUUAAAAAAUGUUUAUCAAAUGCGCCCUUCUAUGUCGAUCCUAGACAAGACAGAUGAACGUAAAUUUGAACAGGAAAAAAUGUCCGAGUCGGAUCCUGCAGCUCAACAGGCGGGGCAUGAUGACCUUGACAGCGAAGUUGGCUAUGUUCCAGCAACCACUGGAGGAGGUACAGGAAAUCAAAAACUUUUACCAUUGCAGGUGCAGGUCAAGCGGCGUGAGACCGAUAGGCAGACAGAAGUUCGUUUGCACUCUCACGCUCACCUCAAGCAUGUUGAGGAGAGCGAGCUGUGGACGGUUCUUGAACCACGGUUUACUUUGUCGGCCACUUGUAGUGAUGAUCCACGUGGUACUUUCGACUGAAAACAUACAUGAACUGCAUUUGCCUGCUCUCUUGUCAAGUAGGGCUCCCAUGAUCAGGAUAGUAACAGAUGGAACAAGUUUUGGGAUAUGUCACUCGCGCUUACGCCUUUCUUUGUAUAACUGUUCCUGUGGCAGAAAAAGUAGAUCUUUGUUAUUCCGCUAAUUUUGAUAUAUCAGCCUACGGUGAUUUUAUCUGAUCUUCGGAAAAUUCGAGUGGAUGAGUUGUAUUCUUGCCACCGUCUGCGUUCCUCCGGUCAACGUGUUGAUCGACUUGAAGUUGACUUGUAGGAAGCUGCUAAAUAUGUGUUCGGCUUCCUAUUUCGUGUGAAAGUGAAUCGCUGGUUUUGGGCUUGAACUAAAAGUACUACCUUCGUAGAUUGCUUUCGUCAGUCAAAGCUCACAAUUUAGACCCCUGGGUUGUGAUCUACUCACAAAAGUUAUGUGUAACAUGUGCACCGUCAAUGUAAAGCCCUGUUCCCUCUGUUGAAAAACACAAUCAGUGCAAUUUCCCUGUGCUAAUGUGAUCAUUUGUCACUUCUUCCGGUGUGCGUGAGAAGUUACAUGAGACUGUUGAAUUAGGAAUAGUCUGUAGGCUGCAGAGGUUGGUUCACAUACUUUUCUACAGUGUGCCCCAGAACCUCCGGGAAUGGCAUCUGCCUUGACAGUUGCUUUUCACUGAAUGAGAGAGGUUUUCUU